CCAAACAUAAUUAAAGUAAUAAUUAAUAAUGAAGGGUCUCUCGGUCAGUUCCAGCAUGUUGUUGUUGGUGGUGGUGGUCCUGACGGUGGCUGCGGCGAAGGUACUGCCGGUGGCGGAGGCGGUGACAUGCUCUGCUACAGAACUGAGCCCUUGCCUGGGCGCCAUAACCUCAAAUCAGGCUCCGUCAAGUCAAUGCUGCAGCAAGCUUCGUGAGCAAAGGCCUUGCCUGUGUGGCUAUAUAAGAGACCCAAAUCUCAGACCUUAUGUUACUUCUCCCGGCGCUUUACGGGUCUCUACCCUCUGUCGUGUUCCGAUCCCAAACUGCGGCUAACCACACCCCUUAUAUCAUGUGUUGUCUAUACUCUAUAGAUCUUGGUUUUUAAAAUAUUUAUGUUUACAAAUUAAUAAUUAUCUUCUCAUCCUUCUGAUCUAUCUCUUUUCUGUAAGAGAUCUAUGUGUUGGAAAGUUUGAGAAUUGAUCAAUAUUAUAAAAGGUUUCUCAUGUGUAUUGAAUAAUCUCAUUAAACUAAAUAAAUCAUCAAGCCCUAAAUAAAGUUUUUUUCUUUUCAUUA